AUGGGUCUUCGGCUGCUCAAAAUCCCCACUCUGGCCUCUGCACUGUUAGCCUCUUCUGGAUUUUACCUCUACAACAGACGACUUGAUUUCAAUGACCUGAGUUUGAUCCGAUUCGGACGAGCAGCUGCCACUACUGCUGUAAUAAGCUAUGACUAUCUGACUGCUUUCAAAAAUGUGGAAUAUGGCACAGAGGAAUAUUGGGCCCUUAAAUCCAAGGUACAUCGACGUUCAGCUGAGCGUCUUCGAGACCUGUGCUGUGCAAACCGAGGUACCUUCAUCAAGGUCGGCCAGCACCUUGGUGCUUUAGAUUAUCUCCUUCCGGAAGAGUACACAUCCACACUGAAGGUACUUCAUAGUCGAGCUCCUCAGAGUAGCAUGGAAGAGAUAAAGCAGGUCAUCAAAGAGGACCUCGGCAAGGAGCUGUCAGAGUUGUUUGUUUUCUUUGAUGAGACGCCUCAGGGAGCAGCCUCCUUAGCCCAGGUCCAUAAAGCAGUGCUGCAUGAUGGGAGGACAGUGGCUGUUAAGGUCCAACACCCCAAAGUUCAAAGACAAAGCUCCAAAGACAUAUUGGUGAUGGAGGUUUUGCUGAAAGGCGUCCAUUGGCUCUUCCCUGACUUUGCGUUCAUGUGGUUGGUAGAAGAAGCCAAAAAAAACAUGCCAUUGGAGCUGGAUUUCUUGAAUGAAGGGCAUAAUGCAGAAAUCAUAUCAAAAAAGCUGGCCCACUUCACCUUUCUCAAGGUUCCGACAAUUCACUGGGACCUGUCCACUAAAAGGGUUUUGACCAUGGAAUUUGCCGAAGGAGGUCAGGUCAAUGACCGGGAGUACAUGGAGGCAAAUGGCAUCAACGUCAACGAGAUUUCAGAAAACCUGGGCAAAAUGUAUAGCGAAAUGAUCUUCUUACACGGCUUUGUUCACUGUGACCCCCACCCUGGUAAUGUGUUGGUUCGAAAGUGUCAGAAAAGCAAGAAGACAGAGAUCAUCCUACUCGAUCAUGGCCUUUAUCAGGUCUUACAACCAGACUUCAGGAUAAACUACUGCCGACUCUGGCAGGCUCUAAUUCACCAGGACAUGUCUCAGGUGGAGCGUUACAGUCGCAAACUGGGAGCUGGAGACUUGUACCCGUUGUUUGCUUGUGUGCUCACAGCUCGUUCCUGGGCUGCCGUCAACUCUGGUAUCGGUUCUGUGCCUGUCACUCAUUCAGAGGAAGUGGAAAUACGGACAAAUGCAGCUCUUUACCUACCUCAGAUCAAUGACCUAUUAAACAGAGUUCCCCGGCAAAUGUUGCUGCUUUUGAAGACCAAUGAUCUUCUGAGAGGAAUUGAAACCACUCUUAAGACUAGAGCUUCAUCAUCCUCCUUCAUCAACAUGUCACGCUGCUGCAUUCGUGCUUUGGCCAGACACAAAAGGAGUAAAAAUACGUCCAGCAGAAGACGUCUGCAAAUCACACUAACAGAGUCUUUCAACCUCUGGAGACUUAGUAUGUAUGAGUUGUUACUAUGGUUGAAGAGCUCUCUGGUGGCACGUGGGGUUUCUACUCUGCUAGCAUUUUUACAUUGA